AAUAAAAAGUGAGAUCGCGUCGCAGCGUUAGAACAGAUUCUGAACAGUGAAGGAAGGAGCCGCUGUAGCUCCCUGGUUCCCACGAUAGCCGCCUGGACUAAGAUCCGGUGACGCGACUCUGCCGGCGCACACUCGCACUGCCUCUCUCCCUCCGCACACAUCCACAGCAAUGAGUCCAAAGUUGGUGUGCUGACCCACUCAGUGAUAUCUUUUUCGGAGAGCGGAAAACCUGCUAUUUUUUUUUCCUGUGAGUGAUCACAGUGUCUUCCUCCGUGGGUGAGCACUGCUUGUCGCAUGGUCCCGGAGUGAGCGCGGUGCUGCUGCCACACUCACUGAAUGCGCCCCACUCCAGUGGAAGUCAUGGAUUUACUAUAGCCAAAAUUUGCCGCGGUUUUUUAAAAUACUCGUUUUUCCUUUUUUGACUGUGUCCGCGCCGCUAUUUGUUGACCGUUUCGUCUCCAUCGACCCAAAAUACCACGAGGAUUCUCAUGCGUGGAUUUACAACCAUGAACAUUGUUGUCACUUUGGUGAAAAUCCUAGUGGCAGAGGUUCUUCACAUCGCCUCUGUUACGACUGCCAGCAUCAACAAGGAAGUGGUGGAUAAAAGCAAGAAUGAGGUCAUCCAGUUUAUGGAAGUGUACAACAAGAGCCAGUGCCAGCCUCGGGAGCUGCUGGUGGACAUCCUUCAGGAGUAUCCGGAGGACACUGCACACAGCUACAUCCCGUCCUGUGUUGUCCUCAGUCGCUGUGGGGGCUGUUGCAACGAUGAGAUGAAGGAGUGCGUGCCAAUUGAAACACGAAAUGUAACACUGCAGGUUAUGCGAAUUCACUCGAUGGGUUCGCAGCAUACAGUUCACUUGACUUUCACAGAGCAUAAAAAGUGUGAUUGCAGGCAAAAGCCAGAUGUUCCACUGAAGAAAGAAUACCAGUGUGCGCCUUGCUCAGAAAGAAGGAAGCGCUUGUUUGUGCAGGACCCUCUCACCUGUAAAUGUUCCUGCAAAUUCACACAAUUAAACUGCAAGUCCAGGCAACUUGAGUUAAACGAGGGAACUUGCAGAUGUGACAAACCAAGAAGAUGAGGCGGAGCAGAUGGACUACACUGUCAUGAAGCACUUUCAACCCUUAGGAUCCAUUCCCUGCAAUGAACUCUAAAUGACAACGCUAGAGCAGACGUUCUGGAUGCUGAUCUUAAUUUUAUCUAGUGUGUGUGCACACAUACGUAUGUGUAUAUUUGCUGCUACUAUUUAAAACAAAACGUAUGCGCCGCACGGCGUAUGAAGUGGGAAUAUUUCAGUGAUGUUCGGAGACUGGGUGGAAACCUUUUAUUUAAUGUAAGACUUCACUGGAUGCUGGUGGUGGUUGACACCCUCUGAACACAAAAGUGAGUGAUACACAUCAGACCCGCCAGCGGUUUGCUGAGCAAACUUCAUUUGUUGGUAGUUUGCGGUAACUGCAUCUGAUACGAGAUUAGAAUUCAAAACGCCGUUCUUCUUGGGUGCCCUGAUAUGACUGCUUGUGCAGGUUAUAUGCUGUGAUGACAAUGUGAAGGUGACUUCCAUCCCAAAUGAGGAGACCACAUGUGAAGGCAACAGAACCGCAAUGCUAAGAAAUGGAUGCAGUCAUCCACUUCAGUGCUCUCAUCCACAGCAACUCUUGGAGUUGAUACUGACUGAAAACCACUAGCGUUUGCUGGUUUCACCUUCUCAUGUGACUUCUUCUUGGUUGGAGAACAGAUGUGUCUUUAUUUUUUCUAAGCACAGAAUUUUAUUAUUUGUAUUUAAGAAUGUUUGGCUCAUUUCACAAGCUGUAUUGAGACCAGGUUGACGAAAGGGAUAUCAGCGUGGGUAUACACGUCCAGACAAGCUGAUCAAAGAUCAGUUCUCCAAAGAAAUAGCCACAACAUCACCACAGAAACAAUCGGUAUACACCUCCCUGGUGUCCCUUAGUAGAUGACAUUUUAUUUAUGGACGUUUUUGACUAUUCUAGAUUGUGGUAUUUAUAUUCAGUGUUAUGUUUUAUCCAUGCUAAACUCUUUUCAAUAACUGAUUGAACAAGAAGGAUUGUCUGUGUGUGUGAGUGAGUGAACAUGAGUGAGCGGAUGGGGAAGACUGAAAAACAAUGCUUUGACAUUCCGGCUUAUAACUGAAGCUGUGUUACUAAACCAGCCGCAGGGGGAUCAUGGAGGGUUGACCGAUCAAAACCCAACCCAUCAACAUGUGCGGAAAAUGAUGGGCCAAAACAGGUGUCUUUUCAUUUUGGACUCAGAGGCGGCGGACAUCUGGUUUUGCACUUGUUUGGCCCAAGGACACGUUAUGGUGAAUACUGGAGGAUACUUCAGUUCAGUUCUGACCUUGUCCCACUGUGGUGCGAGGGUCGCACUGUUCCCUGGAAAGUCUAGAGACCUCCCAAAAUAAGUCCAGCAGUGCAGCCUACACGCCACUGCCCCAAACCUGACAUACUUGAAAUACUAUGACUGACAUUUCCCUCUUAUCAUAUUAUGGCCUUGGAUCAUAGUUACCUCACGCUUUUCAUUUCCAAUCAAGCAGUGAUGGAACAGGUUAGUGAAAGGGAGGCUCAGCUCUGACCCUAAGUUACGGUAUAUUAAAAUAUGCAUUUCAAAUUCAACGUAAAUUAACUUAAAUUUUGGUAAAAUUUGUGUGGUGUGGACUCAGUUUGCAGAGAGCGCUACACUGCACUUCAACACAGUCACUGGCUGAAAGAUUUGAGAGAACUCUAGAUGAAAUUGCCCUCACAUAGUGAAUUUUGGUGUUGUCAUCAUAAUGUUAUAGCCAUUGCUGUGAAGUGACUUAAGUCUAGACUGUUACUGAUGAAAUGGAACAGGACUGCAAAUCAUUUUUAGUGUCCUUGGAGCCUUUGUUUAUUGGCAGUGUGUACAAAAUGAUGAUUAAUACUACAGCAGCCUGAUCAUGUGAUGCAUGCAGCCUGCUUUAUCUUCACAGAACGCAAAACAGAUGAUGGGAAAAUGGUUGGGUUACAUCACCAGUGCGUGAGGAUGGCCCAUUAGCCUUCACAAGGCUAGAACUUGAUGCUUAAUUAUUUGCACAUGUUGCCCUCCAGACAUAAAUGAUUACUGACACAUAUCUUAUCAGCCAGCUCUCAACUGUGAAAUCCCUGCACUUCAUUAUGACUCCUAAAUCCUUUUUUUUCCCACUGUUGUGGGUUUCUCUCUUCUUCUGUUUGCUCAUACCGGCAGAUUAUUUAAUCAGAGAAACCUUUUUAUUGGGUUUUCAUUGCAUUCCUGUGUACAGGUACAACAAAGUUGCUUUUUCUGGAUCCUUCAGAAAAAUCGAGUUGAUCGAAUAGCUGUUCUUCAGAAACCCUAUCCUUUCACAAAAUGAGCAGAGGGCUGCCGCCUCCACAGUCCCUUCAGACGAGCCCAAAGUGACUUUCACUGACACUAGCUGCUGGUUUCAAAGCUUCCGAAGAACUCUAUUGUUGAGAUCGUCCUCAUUGUUUUUGAAAUGACAAACAGCCUUUGGUUGAAUUUGUAAAGCCACAAAUGUUUAGUAUAGUUUCAAGUUAAUAUAUUUAUUGUUAUUGUAAAGUGUUUUUCAUUAUG